CUGCUCGCUAGAAGGAUUUUACAACAUAUUACUAUUCGUUGUGUUACCCUAAUAUGCUGAAUCCAUUUGUGUUGCCAGUAAACUCCACUGCGGGGUGAACAGCAAUGUUCCCGCAGAAAUAUAUAUUUGGUUAGCAGACGGACUAUUGCCUCUAAUUACACGCCAAGAACACCUAAACUUGGCGAAAAGUAUUCUCCAAGACUCAAGAUUGCAUAUGAAACGCGUCUAGUUUGUAGAGGAAGGAGUGGCUGCGUGAAGCAUCAUGUUGGAGAUCGUCGGAUGCGCCAAGCACCUCACAAGAAAAUUUUCACGCCUUACACCAGACAAGCUGCAGGCAGCGCCACACUCCACACUUACCCUCUCAACACCCAGAUAUAUUGAAUCAGCGAUUAGAAUCAUAGAAGUACGCUCUUUCCAUCACAACAUUUACACCUCAAGGCCGCCAAUAAAGCAACACCAGACAUUCGCUCCCUCAACAAUGGCGACAGACACAAAGCCCCUCCGCUUCGCCGAUGUAGCGAUAACCUACACGGCCGACCAGUUCCAAGGCAUCUAUCGCGGCAAACAAUACCACACCUGCGACUUCGGGGAAGUCAUCCAGCGGGCCAAAGCCUACAACUGCGAAAAGAUGAUGUUAACGACUAUGAACCUGGAAGGAUUCCACCGCAACCUGAAACUCGUCCGUCAACACCCAGAAACAUGCACUUUAACACUAGGCGUGCACCCGUACCACGCAGGAGAGAUUUACGCCUCCACCAAUGAAGCAUCCUAUCUCUCCCAGAUCCGCGAACUAGGCCAAACCCUCCUCCGCGAGGAGAACUCCCCGUUGGUAGCAUUCGGCGAAAUCGGACUGGACUACGAGUACCUCGACCGCGCCGACAAGGAGACGCAGAUUCGCGCAUUCAAGGAUCAACUCGAUCUAGCAGUGGAAUUCCAACUCCCGUUGUUCCUGCACGUUCGGGAAUCCUGUGCCGAUUUCAUCGAGAUUAUCCGUUCGUAUCUACCCCGGUUACCUAAGGGCGGACUGGUUCAUUCCUUUACUGGCUCUGUGAGCGAGAUGCGGCAAUUAACCGAUGAGCUGGGAUUGAAUGUCAGUGUGAAUGGGGUAUGUUUUCGGACGGAGGAGCAAUUGGAGAUGGUGAAGGCGAUUCCUUUGGAGAAGUUGCAGUUGGAGACGGAUGCGCCGUGGUGCGAGGUGUUGAGUGGGGAUGAGAAGAUUGCGCCAUUCUUGGAGAAGGCGAGGGAAAUGCCACCGGUGAGGAAGCACAACAAGUUUAUCUCGGGGCAGAUGGUAAAGAACCGUAACGAGAGCUGUUUCAUGGAGAGGGUAGCGAUGGUGGUUGCGGGGGUAAAAGGGAUAUCAGUGCAGGAGGUGGCGGGUGCAGCGUGGGAGAAUAGUGUCAGGAUGUUUGGGUUGGGGGUACGGCAGUAGGUCAGCUGUACUUGAGGAGAGAUGUGUAUGUAUAUAGAAC